UUUCAACACAGUCUCUGCGCGGCGUUGAUCGAGUGCUAAGCAUUCGGUUUUCUGUGUUCGUGAGUGCUGAACAGCAGCAGCAGUGAUCGUUUCGACAUUUCACUUCAUGUGAACGAUCGAAUUUCUUCAUUUGUUUGUGUUUCUAUUUCGUUGUUCGCUGCUAUUUCCUCUCUUUCUCUAUUUCAUGCAUCGGUCUCCCUUUGGCACAAUGCAUAUCGCAAGCAUAUUGGUUAUUUGUAGUGUAUUUAUGCUAGCAGCCGCCAAAACCGGUCCCUCACAUGGUAAAUUGGUUGUAUGUUAUGUGUCAACGUGGGCCGUUUAUCGGACUGGUAAAGGAUCAUAUAGUCUUGAAAAUAUUGAUCCCAAUCUCUGCACACAUCUAAUCUAUUCCUUCGCUGGCUUAGAUGUUGCUAACGAUGCAAUUAAAUCGUUAGAUCCUUGGCAAGACUUGAAGGACAACUACGGAAAAGGAGGGUAUGAACGACUCACACAGCUGCGUCAAACGUUUCCCCAUUUGAAAGUAUCAUUGGCGGUAGGUGGGUGGAACGAAGGUUCGGACAAUUAUUCACGACUCGUUGCGAAUGCAGAGCGUCGUAAACGUUUUGUUAAAAGUGCCACCGAUUUUGUAUUACGCUAUCGAUUCGAUGGUCUCGAUUUAGAUUGGGAAUAUCCAACACAACGAGGAGGUCAACCGUUCGAUAGAGAUAAUUUUGUGUUGCUGGUGAAAGAGUUGAAAGAAAGUUUUCGACCACACAAUCUGUUGCUGUCGUCCGCAUUCGGUGCAUCGCAGAAAAUCAUCGAUGAGUCGUAUGAUAUUCCAGCAUUGUCAAAGUAUCUAGAUUACUUGCACAUUAUGUGCUACGAUUAUGGCGGUGCGUGGGAUAAACAUAUUAGCGCAAAUGCUCCACUCCACGGUCAAGGCAUUUUAAAUGUUGAACACACAAUUGACUACCUCAUCAAAUUGGGUGCAACGCCAACGAAAAUUGUUAUGGGUUUACCGUUCUAUGGUCGAACGUUUAUCACAAAAUUGAAUGGUACUUUCGGUGAUGCAUCGAACGAUGAUGGAUUCCCAGGGCCAUACACAAAACAAAACGGUUUCAUGGGCUACAAUGAAAUCUGUGUUUUGCUAUCGGAUCGAACAUCCGGAUGGACCAGAUCUUAUAAUACGGAGCUUAGUCAAGCCGUUGCCACACACAAAGCCGAAGAAACGGGUGAAACUCGGGUCGCAGUUUAUGAUAGUAGCCGCUCUAUCGCACACAAAGUUAAGUUUGCAAUGUCACGCAAUUUGGCCGGUUCAAUGGUGUGGUCAAUCGAUACUGAUGAUUUCCAUGGUGACUGUGAUAUUGACACGGAUACAUUUGAUGAUUUUAAACCUAUGCCCGGUGUCAAUUUGAACUUCCCAUCGCGACAUAAUGCAAAUUAUCCUCUGUUGCGGACAAUAAAUGAGGCUACGGUUGUGGCACUCGAUGAAAUUGCCCAAGAAGCCACACUACCCGAAAAAGACAAAGAGAAUGAAAUCGAUGACAAACUGGAAGAUGACAAGGGCAUCGCUAUCACUGCUACACAGAACACUUGUUUUAUGGCCGUUGCCAUGCUUUGCUUGUACUAUUUACAAAUUGCAAAUGAAUUUUGAGUGAUCUUCUAAUUUUAGAUACCAAUUUUAAGAAAUGUUUAUAUUUUAAACGAUUUUAAGUCAAUUUUUUCUGGGCCCAAUAAAAAACAUCACAUCUUUUUUUAGAAACAUUUUAUGUAUA